UGUCUUACUAAUAACAUAAUUAUCAUAUAUGAGAAAAAAAUACACUAGUUUUACAUAUUCUUCCUCUGAAUUGGUAUUACCAUAUCCUUAUUUAGACACUAUUUUGAAAAAAUCAACAAAGAAAAGCUCUUUUCAUUCCACUAUAAAUUCUCUAUCUCCUCUGUUUCGUCGAACAAUACAGAACAAAAUGGCAAGAAUCAUACUCACUGCUCCUCUGUUUUACUUCUUCUUUUCCUUGUUAUCUCACCAAACCAUGUCCCAACCUCAACACAUGCACACUUUCUGCAGCGUCGACAGCUUCACACAAACCAGCUCCUACGAAACAAACCGCAACAUCCUACUCACCACUCUCAGCUUGACUUCCUCGCUCGUACACUAUUUAAACGCCACAAUCGGUCUCAGCCCCGACACAGUCUAUGGCAUGUUCCUCUGUAGAGGAGACAUCAACACAACAUCUUGCUCAGACUGUGUUCAAACCGCAGCAAUCGAGAUCGCUACAAACUGUACUCUUAACAAAAGAGCUUUCAUAUACUACGACGAGUGUAUGGUUCGAUACUCAAAUGUUUCCUUCUUCUCUGAAUUUGAAAGUAAACCAGUCAUCGUUCGUUACUCUCUUCGUUCUGCUCCAAACUCAAACCGGUUUAACCAAACCCUAUCCAAUAAAUUAGACCAACUGAUUCCUAACGUCUCUCCGUCAACUUUGAUACCGUAUUUUGUGGAGGAUCAAGAACGUGUGACUCAGUUAGAGGGUUCAUAUGAUUUAGUGUCAAUGAUUCAGUGUAGUCCUGAUCUUGAUCCAUCAAACUGUACCAUUUGCCUCAGAUUUGCGUAUGCAACAGUUUCAACUUGUUGCGGUGUACCAAGUUCGGCUCUGAUUUUUACUCCUAAAUGUAUUUUGAGAUAUAGAACCUUUGUUUUGCCAUCACCAGCGCCGUCUCCAUCGUCUCUGCCUCCUAUAUCUCCGACAUCUUCGCCUCCUCUGUCUCUGCCGCCUCAAUUGCCGCCUCCUCUUUCGCAACCACCGCCCCCGCUGAGCACUUAAUCCGUGGUUUUCUUGAAAAGAGAUAUAUGAUUGUUGUAUGUAUUGUUUAGAACUUUUAAUCAAAUAUUUAUUCCUAAUAGUUCACA